AUGUCUUGCGACGAGUACGUACGCGCGCCCUCGGCGAGAAAGGGGUGUGCUGUGACGACAGAAUGGACGGGUUGGAAGGAUAUCAAGCAUGCCUUCAUCUUUGGGGAUAGCUACACACAGACAGGAUUCAACUAUACGCAGACCGCUCCUUCACCUUCUAAUCCAUUUGGAAACCCUCAAUAUCCGGGGUGGACGUCGUCGAAUGGGCCUAACUGGGUUGGAUAUCUAACCGUCAAAUAUAAUCAGUCGCUUUUACAAACUUACAAUCUAGCUUACGGAGGUGCGACUGUCGACUCAGAUCUUGUUAAGCCUUAUAUGCCUACCGUCUUAUCUGUUAAGCAACAGGUAGAAGAAGAGUUUAUCCCGGGCUACACGGGAACUUCUGCCAAAGCUCCCUCCGCACCUAAAUGGACGGGUGCCGACUCCAUCUUUGCCUUCUGGAUUGGUAUCAACGAUGUUGGUAACUCGUAUGGGUCUGGACCAGAAUCCUCGGGUCCCUUAUACACUAAGAUUUUCGAUGUUUACUCGGGCCUAGUUAAUCAGCUCUAUGACAGUGGCGCCAGAAAUUUCGUCUUUAUCAACGUUCCGCCUGUGGACCGCAGCCCAUUAACUGUUGGCCAGGGCAAAGAAUCUGUGGAAACGGAGAAAGAAGCGAUAGCAGAUUGGAACAAACGCGUAUCGGAUACAGCCGCUACAUUGAAGAGCAAUCAUACAGACGAAGUCAACGUUUGGGUUUACGACUCAAACAAGAGCUUUGCAGAGGUUUUGGAUAAGCCAAGCACAUACGAAGAAACUGCUGGCCUUAAGAAUACCACAGGUUAUUGCAACGCGUAUCAAAAUGGCACGCCCGAUGACGACACGUUUACCCCUAGCUGUGGAGUUGCCGUAAACGAAUAUUUCUGGCUUAACAAUUUGCAUCCAACGUAUCCUAUCCAUGAUGUAGUGGCCAAGCAGGUUGCGGAGGCUCUAUCGAUAACAACUACGAAAUUGUCUAUUCUUGACGCAUCUGUCACGCGAUUUGCAGCAUGCGGCGCAAUCUGGCUUUACGAUCGAGCAGAAAACGCUGAUUCGCAUGAUCCUAUUUUAUUCGAACGGUUGGAGAAAGCGCUUAGGCAGACCCUGGACGACUACCCACAUUUCGCAGGCCAGCUCCGAUGGGCAUCAGAGGAACUUGUGAAAGGAGAUGUCAAUCCUCGGUAUAUCGGUCGGCCGGUGGUUGUAUACGGCAGCCCGGGAGAUCCUGGAGUGGAAUUGACAAUUGUAGAGGAUAGCCGGGAGCUUAGUGCUAUAGUACCAAGCCAAGAGGAACGACUAGCUGCUAAACAAGUGUGGAAUGCGACGGAUUUCCCUCAGGAUGACCUCCUCGCCAAAACGAAACUUGCAUUCUCGAGCUUGUCGGAGUUUGAGGGCCUGCCUGGCGUUACUAUCCAAUUAACGAGCUUCAAAUGCGGUGGAUUUGCGAUCAGCAUCAAGAUUACACAUUGUCUCUCCGAUGCUAUGUGUCUUAUGCAAUUCGCUCAUGCCUGGGCAGCGCAGUCGCGAUAUCUAUUUGGAAGUAACGGAUCCGGCGAGGAAAAGCAUCUUGUACCGUUAUUCGAACCCUCGCAGCUGGAUCAGCGCGCCCAUCUCAUCCCUACAGGGCCAGAUCCAGAGAAAGUUAGGAUGGCGAGGGCUCUACCCAUGCAUAGAUACGAUUGGUGGGCUAAAGAUGCACCGGGAUAUCCUUCCUGGGCCGAAGCGUCAACACUUGGGACGAGACCAUCACCGGAGGAACUGGCUCGCUCAGAGCUAAGCCCUUCCUCCUUUCCACCUUGGCCAACGUGGGAUAUGGCUUCUCCCGUGGAACAUGUGCAAAUCCGCUUCAAGGCGGAAACCAUUAUCACGUUGAAGAAAGCUGCAGAGAAUAGCCUUCCGAGUCCCUGA